CGCUUUGGAGGAGGGAUGUUCUUGGCUUUGGGCAGGCUGUCACAUUUGCAAACAGAGAAAUUAGAUGGUGCCGCUGUCUGUCUGCAGGUAGACGAGACGAAUAGGUUUAAUGCCUGACAAUAGAAAUUCACUUUAAGAAAAAAAAAACAGUUUAGCCUGGUUGGAAAGGCUGUGCGUCUCAAAACGAAAUGUACUGAAAGAAACCGAGGCAGUUGUGGGAAAGCGUGGGAUAUCGGUACAGCCUUGAAAGAGCUGUGGAGAGGCACGCAUUUCGCAAGGAACUUCACAAAAAAUCACAGCCAGCAAACAAAACCCAUCAAGCUAGCUGGCUAGCUACCAUCACGAAGAAUGAACGCUUUAAAGAGAGUCAGGGAGGAGGAGCGCGAGCUCUCGGUGAUGUCAGACAGCGAUGCUUGCGAAGAUGACGCUAGCAGCGGCUUCCCGCUGGACCUGUCCGGAGGCGCCGGGAAGCGCCGUCGCCGUGGAAACCUGCCGAAGGAGGCCGUGCAGGUGCUGCGGAGCUGGCUGUACCAGCAUCGCUUCAACGCCUAUCCGUCCGAACAGGAGAAACUGAGCCUGUCAGGCCAGACCGGCCUCUCUGUGCUGCAGAUUUGUAACUGGUUCAUAAACGCUCGGAGGCGUCUGCUCCCCGAUCUCUUACGGAAAGAUGGGAAGGAUCCAAACCAGUUCACCAUCUCCAGACGGGCAGGGAAGGGCGACGCCCGCCUGGGGGGGGGAGGGAGUCCCGGGUCACCAGAGCCCGCCCCCUCUCCUGUCCCCCUCCCUCACCUCCGGCCCUCCGUCAUUUGCCCCGCCCCCACACUGGACCUCAGCAUGCUGGGCAGCACCGCUACUGCCAUCCUGACUGGCGCCACCUGUUUGGCCCCGCCCCCGACGGACACGCGGCCCGGCCCCGGAGAAGCCCCGCCCCCCGCUGCGUGCGGCGUCAGCCCCGCGGGGGGUCUGUACAACACCCCGCCGCCCACGCCCCCCGAGCUCCGCCCCCAGGACUUCAGCGACCUGCGGCUGCUGGUGGAGGCGGCCAUGCAGAGAGCGGCCGAGCUGGACCUCCAGAAGAGGGUCGGAGGGGGACCCCUCCAAAAGGGGGUCUCGGACACCCCGGGCGGCGCUGCUUCGGAUGCCUCCACGGUCACGGGGCUUGGCCCCCAGGCCCCCCGCCUGCAGGCCGUUUCUACGGCGACAGUCCUGAGCGACGCGAGGAAGUCGGAGGUCACGGGCCUAUCCCACGGCCUGAGUGCCUACGAGCCCAGCGUGUGGGCUGUCGCGUGCAGGGAGUCCCCGCCCACCCCACAGCCAAGCCCCGCCCCUUGUGUUUGGGCCCCCCCUCACUCUGUGCUCGCUGUGCAAGAGGCUGUCAACUAGCUGGAUUGGGAUGGGGGGGUACUGAGAAAUGAAUGUAGGCGCUAUGACUUGUGGGAAACGCCUUUAGCCAAGUGGUCAUUUUGUAAAUGUUACAUCUGCAUUGGUCUGUGUGGAUGUGCCACAUCUAUGAGCUUUUCUUUUUCAGUCUAGAACCAAACUCCUCACUGAUAUAGGAGUUAAGGGGUCUUGUAUCUUGCUUUCUUGAGAUGGAAAGAUUGGCCCAGUUACCAGGGUAGAAUCUAUAAUGGGCAUGUGUUUACCUGUGCUUACACAAGCCUUUUUUAUUUUGAAGGUUUUUUUUUGUAAGACAUUUUAUUUUAUUACUACAUUAGAUGUCGAGACCAUUUUAAGGCAGCACAACGGCCACAACCCAUUCUCGCGGUGUCCUGACGCGUCAUGAAAACUUUCAGGCUUUGCGUGGCCAUACAGGGCUAGAGGGGAAACUGUUUGAGAAAUGCACAAUCUUUGCCUUUUCGACGGUUCGGCGCUACUGGGCCUUUUCCUGCUGGACAGUAUUCUCAUAUUCUCAAACUGGCACAUACAGACACGCAAUGAAGUCUCUCAACUGUUGUGCCACGAAAAGUUGAAUGUAAUGUAUGUUUUUUUUUAUCCGGAGAUGGAACGGCAAUCUGAGCUACAUCCACUCUCUUCUGAGGUGAAAUACCAUUCAGAGUGUUCUUUCCUCCCAUUUGCAGGAGCAGUCAUUUCAGCUUCGUUUUGUAUCCACAUAUGCACUUUAAAAAUUAAUCUGGCGGGGGAAAUCAUUGUUAUUCAGGCUCUCGGGUGUAACUCCGUUUUGCGACUUAACUGAGUAGUACAGAAUGUAAUUAUUACUGUUUGUGUUCACAAUUUCAGCUGUAGAUGAACUCCCAAAGCUGAAUUAAUGGCUUCUAUCCGUUAUUCAGACCUAUCGACAGUACGCAUUGCAGGUUGAAGGAGCCAGAUCUCUACUGUAGUUCAGAGAAAUUCUCCACUGUCUGGAGGUCCCGUCAACAUGCGCAAAAUAUGCAUCUCCAGAGUUCUUAGCUCUACUUUUGAACGUGUUUGCGCGCUACCCUUGCGAUCGCUUUCUUUGUAUGGUGAAUAUUUUGAGGUGGCCUACAUUGGUAGACCGUAACCAUUUUAUUUUUUGAUUUGCGUUAAUUAGUGUCUUCGUGUGUGUUCGUGUUGUUUCAUCAAUCUCCCUCAAUUUUGUUGAGAAAUCGAAUUCCUGUUUUAUAAGGAUUUUUUCAGGUUGUGGCUCUGGUAAUGUCGAUGUUUUAAUCAACCGUCUAAAUUUGCAUUUGGCGCUCGCCUUGUAGAAAAUGGCUAUGUUUUUACAUUAAAAGAAAAUUAACUGGUCACAAAACAACCAUGCCCGGCGAUGUUGCGGUUUUUUUCUAUCAUCCACUGUUCCUAGACGGCAGUAGUUUCAAUGAAACGAAAUGGUAGCUUUGGAUACUUGUUCCAGAUAUUGCAAUUUACGCACCGGAUUUUACAUCAGUAAUCUCGGCUGUGAACCGGCACAGACGACGUGAAAAUUUUUCAGGAAAAUUAUUCUUUGCCUUUUCUGCCUCGCGUUAAAUACUAACAGAACGAACGAUUGUCUCGAAAUCAUCCAGUAAGUCUUAAAAACUGUAAAACCGCCACCUACCACCCUUCCAGAGUACAAGAUGUCAGUUUGAAUCCUCAUGCAGAAACGCUGCGCUUUUCGGCGCCGCUGGGGUCUCUGGCGUUCCCCACUUCUUUUUAGUUUGAAUGUAAACGUGUUGUUUGUUGUCCUUCAGGUAGAGAUAGGAAGCUUUUCCUUUGCUUGUCGCCAGGGCGUUUCGGGCCUUCAGGCAUUGCACACACGGGAAAAAGUGGACCAGUCAGUGUUCUGUGACCGCUAGACUGCAUGUUAUCCUCCAAGACCCUGUGUGUUUGUACUACGUGCUGUGAUGACAUUCAUUUAGAUUUGGUUUCGUUUCUUUUGCGUCAGAAAAAAAAUACUUUGUAGCAGCUAUCUUAUUCUGAAAUGAAAGAAUGAAUGGAUGUACCAAAAAAAAAAAGCCAGAUUGAAAUGCAUGCUUUGUUCCUGGGUCCAAGUCAGAAGCUUGUACCUUUGUACAAAUGGGUUAGUGUAGCAUAUUUUAAAUGAAGAAAUGCAUUCUAAAGAUGUUUUAUAUGCUAUUUCAUCUUAGCAUGGGUUAGUAAGUGGAUUGGCAAUAGUGCCUUAUCUGGGAUCAAGAGGAAAGCAUCCUCUCUCUUCAGAUAAACUGUUGGAUAGUGUGCAAUAUUUGUAGCCUUAACAUUCAAUGUGAUUUGUACAAGAGUUUCAGAGAAUAAAAGGUCCGUUUUCAUAA